ACAUCAUGAGCAAGCGGCCAAAGAUCCACGUCUUCCUGGGGGCUCCUCCUCCCUCCUCUGGCCCAGCCUUGGUGUCCGGUUCUGGGGUGAACAGCGGGGAGCAUCCCCCUGUCGACUGGAGACACCUGGAGCUCACCUGGCAGGAUGGACAUCUGAGGCCGGCAACAGACGAGGGUGAAAGGACCAGGAUGGAGGACGAGAAAGCUGAUCCCGGGAAGGAAGAUCAGUGUUCGGCUUCAGUUCAUGAGUAUCUGGACGGCUGUUUCCCUGCAGAACCAGAACAACCAGAACCUGCAGCAGCCGUCCCUCCUCUGUCGGCCCAGACUCAGUACCUCACCACCUGGACUCUGAGUCAGGCUUUAAUCCUGCGAGGCAGACGUGGCGUCCAAUCAGCAACCAGCCCUGAGAAAACCCCACCUCCUCACACCCCGCCCUCCGUCUCCUCCAGCACGCCGGAGCUCUUCAGCCCCAUAACGCCGUCGCCGGGAGCCUCCGCGGAGCUCUUCAGCCCGACUCUGAGGGCGGAGGAAGGGGGCGUCGUGGUUGAGACCACCGCAGACGGGCUGCUCUGCUCCCAGGAUGCUGAGCAACACGAGUCCAAAAGCUCCCCCGAUUUCAAGAGAGCCCGAAUCCCAGAAAACCUCAGGACUGAAGAGUCUGUAGUGCCGUCGGACGGCGCCACUGCCGGGCCCCGGGGUGCCACCACACUCCUGACCCGGUGUGACAAGCUGGGAACGCGGUACUCGGUUCUGGUGGCGGUGGUUCACCCCUGUCACCUGAAGGAGGUCAAGGUGAAGUCCGGGCCGGCGGCAGGAACCUUCGUACCUCUGGCGUCCAUCGUGGUGACGGACCAAUCAGGUGUUGAGAUGAAGGUGGUGCUGUGGCGGCGAGCAGCUUUCUGGGCGUUGACAGUCAGUCCUGGAGACGUUCUGCUCAUCACAGGACUGCAGCUGAAUGAAGACAGGUGGAGAGGAGAGACGGUGCUGCAGUCGACCUUCAGCAGCAAACUGCUCAACCUGGGACAGAUCGCCUCCUCCUCCUCGCCACCAGUCCCUCAGCACGUUGAUGCUCGCUCUCUCAGCUCUCUGAGUGGCUUUCUUCGGGAGCGGCGCCCCCUGCUGGUGUCUUUGAACCUCCACCCCCCCCAGGACCCGAACCGCCUCCCUUACGCCACUCUGAGGUCAUUGAAGGGCAACACGCUGGUUCACGCUUUGCUGCGUGUCACACACACGCACAUGAGCACAGCGUGGCGGAGUGAGGCGGAGUCUCGCUGCAGGUCGGCUGUUCAGCUGAAGGCCGUUCUGACUGUGGAGCAACUGGACGGUCAGCAGGGGGCGCUGCUGCUGUGGGGAGCAGCUGUGGACUGGCUGCCUCGCUUUAACCGGGACAGAGCGGCUGUGUGGGACUUCCGUGUCCUCCUGGUGAGGGACGGUUUGACCACCGACCUCCCAGAGCUGCACUCCACCCCCUGGAGCUCCGUCCGGCCUUUGGACCCCGCCAGCCGCCGAGCACAGGACUUCCUCCGACCGCAAUCCGUUUGGACAGGAGACAUUCUGGAGCUGGACCUCGACACGCUGCUGUCCCAGAGAUACAGCGGUGACGUGGAGCUCAGAGUCCAGGUCACCGCCUUCCACUUCCAGAACUCUCUGCCUUCCCAGAAUGCACUGCAGCCGUUCCUGUACAGCGCCACCCCGUUGGACGGUAUUCUGGCGGCACUGAGCGGCGACAUCACCUACACCGGCUGCGGCCGCUGCUCCACCGAGCUCGACUCCGACGCCAACAGCAUCUACGGCCCCUGCUACCCCUGCCUGCCGCACACUGUCGUCCGCCGCUACUACAGGCCAGGUGUGCUGACAGUGAGUGGGCAGGGCAGCACUCAGGGUGGUGUUUCAGGUUCCUCCGGUUCCACUGCAGAAGAUUCUCGGAAGCUCCGCCUGAUAAACCUCCACAGGAGCUCAGCGGGAGAGGAUCCAGACCCUCCUCAUCCCUACCAACAAAACUCUUCAUUCAUCACCGGUCCGGAGCCACUUCCUGAGCGAACGAAGAACAGCGUCCCCAUCAACCAGGACCUCACACUGCUGGAUCUUCAGUUCCCAGCUGAAUGA